UGGGUGAUUGUGCUUAUCCACAUGCAGACACAAGGAGAGCAACAAAACAAAGGACUGUAAAGAAGGAAGGUAGUUCAAUACAGUCAGUGAUCCAUCACGGUUAACAUUUAUGAAAAUUAUAGGUGAUGUAGAGAACCUGUGCAUGUGGGAGUGUAUGUGUGUGAUGGGUCCAGGAAGUCUGGGUGAGGGGUGGAAAUAAGGGGAGAGAGAGAGAGAGAGGAAGUCAUUCAUUGUUGCACCUGUGUCAGGUAGCUCAUUCUGAAGUUGCUGCUUAAGGUUACAACACAACCAGAGAGUUCAUGCGGACGAGCAACAGAAUCAGAAUCAGUGAACUCCAGAGUCAUGGAUAUACAGAACAGAGGGAGAACUGUGUGCAUUCCUUUAGCAGAAGUUGAAAAAUAUUACAACUUAACCCGCUGUUGCCACUGGUUACACAAUGAGAUCAUGCAGAAGGAGUCCAGCCCUCUCUUCGCUGCUGACAUCAUCACCGAGCUCAAGAAACAGUUUGCUUACCUUUCAGGAGGAAGAGGACAGGAUGGUAGCCCUAUUAUAAUCUUCCCAGAAUUCCCUUCAUUUUCUGAAAUUGCAGAACAAGACUUUCGUAAUGUUCUCACCUACCUGACAAGUGUUCCAAGUCUGAGUGCAGCAGGAGUUGGCUUUAUUGUAGUGAUCGACAGACGCAGGGAUCGAUGGACUUGUUUAAAGGGAACAUUAUUGCGGAUCUCAGGCUGGUUUCCUGGUAAUCUUCAGCUUGUUCUGGUGCUGAGACCCAGUGCCAUACUGCAGCGAACACUGUCGGAUGUGUUCUUCAAAAUACACAGAGAUGACUUUAAGGUGCCGGUUAUCAUGCUGAGCUCAGUGGCUGAUCUGCACUCUUAUAUUGAGCGGAGUCAGCUGACACAAGAACUGGGUGGCUCUCAAUACUACUGUCACAAGACCUGGAUCACACAUCGCACCGAUCUCGAAAGCUUUGCUGCAUUAGUGAAGAGGAUGGCUCACAGACUGCAAGUGUUUGGGAGGGAACUAGCAGAAACAGAACUUCCUGAAAACCUCCAAACAGCCAACAAUCUGCUGAACACACACACCAGCAGGAAAGAGAGUCUGAAAGAAGAGAUGGCAGGAGUUCUCAGCCAGGGACGGGGACUUCUGGAAAACAUUAGAGAACCUGUGCGUAGAGAUCCCGAUAGUAGUCUAAACCCCGAUCAGCUGGAGAACCUCGCUAUAGUGCACAGGCUUUUAUCCCAGUUAAAUGAGAGCUCCACAGCGUUCGAUGACUUCUGGUUUCAGCAUCAAAAUAAGCUGGAAUUGUACUUGAAACUCUGCCAGUUUGAGCACAACUUUCAGCAGGUGCGGACAGAAUUUGAGCAGGCUACAGACACACUGAAUGCUUUUUCAGAUGUUGGAAUAAGCCACACCCAAACAGAACACCUCCUCGAAGAGUUGGCCAAUCAGGAAGAAAAGACUUGUGAAGUGCUGGACAGAGUUAGGUCCCUGGUUGCUGAGGGCAAAGGUUUGAUUGACAGCAGUCAGAACGUUGAUGGCAGUGUUGCAGUGAAAUGCAGUGAACUUCAAAGAAUCGCAGAUAAACUCACCCAAGAGCUCAAUGACAAGAGGACUAUGUUGACACAAGCUACAGAGCUACACAAACGACUGGACAUGAUGGGUAAAUGGUGUGAUGAUGGGAUUUACAUGCUAGCGUCACAGCCUCUUGACAAGUGCCAGUCACAGGAGGGGGCGGAGUCGGCACUGUCAGAACUGGAGAGUUACCUGGAGACAGCCAAUGAGAAGCAGCAAUCGGACAUCAACACAGUUUGGGUUGAAUAUGAGAGCAUUCUGGACACUGAGCUCAGGGAGCAGGUAAACCGACUUUUUGAGAAAAAAGCCUCACUACAAGAGAUGUUUGAGAGGAGGAGGGUUAGUCUAAAGAAACUAGCAGCCAAGCAAACACGGCCAGUUCAGCCUGUCGCCCCUCGACCGGAGUCACUCUCAUCUCCAGCUCACAGAGAUCCUGAGAGCAUCUGCGUGCAGGUAAGCUGUGAUCAGGUUGACAGGAGCAGCCGCAACGCCUCUGUAUCUGAGGAGGAGGAGACCCUCGCUGUGCUCCGCAGACAUGUUAUGAAUGAGUUACUGGAAACAGAGCGGGCGUAUGUAGAAGAACUUAUGUGUGUUUUGCAGGGAUAUGCUGCUGAAAUGGACAACCCCUCCAUGGCUCCUCUCAUCCCUUCAGCUCUACAGAACAAAAAACAUGUGUUAUUUGGGAACAUGCAGGAGAUUUAUAAUUUCCACAAAAGAAUAUUCCUCAUUGAACUCGAGACGUACACUGACUGCCCUGAGCUUGUGGGACGAUGCUUUCUGGACGGGAUGGGUGAGCUGCAGAUAUAUGAGAAAUACUGUCACAAUAAGCCUCGCUCUGAGAGUCUCUGGAGGCAGUGCUCUGACUGUGCCUUCUUCCAGGAGUGUCAGAGGAAACUCGAGCACAAAUUGGGGCUGGACUCCUACUUACUAAAACCUGUGCAGAGGAUUACUAAGUACCAGCUGCUGGUGAAGGAGAUGAUUAAAUAUAGCAAAGGCUGCGAGGGGUUGGUGGAGCUGCAGGCGGCUCUUUCCUCCCUACUGGGCAUCCUGAAGGCUGUAAAUGACUCGAUGCAUCUUAUCGCUAUCACUGGAUAUGAGAGUAACCUUGCAGACCUGGGUCGCCUGCUGAUGCAGGGGUCAUUCAGCGUGUGGGCGGAGCAUAAGAGAGGUCACGUGAAAGUGAUGGAGCUCGCAAGGUUUAAGCCCAUGCAAAGACACCUGUUUCUGCACGAGAAAGCUCUGCUCUUCUGUAAGAGACGAGAGGAGAGUGGGGAGGGUUAUGAGAAAGCCCCCUCCUACAGCUUCAAACAGGAGCUCAGCAUGAGUGCUAUUGGAAUAACAGAACAGGCUAAAGGGGACAGCAAGAAGUUUGAGAUCUGGUCCAGUUCAAGGGAUGAAGUGUACACGGUACAGGCCGCCUCUGAGGAGAUUAAGACCAUCUGGGUGACAGAAAUCCGGAAGCUUCUGACAGGACAGCUGGAGGCCUGCAAAGAAGCACGUCAGCAAAAGGUUCCUGAUCAGAACAGCUCAACCAGCAGACUGGUGAAAGGUGAACAUAUGAGUGUCAGAAGUGGAGGAGUGGAGAAACAGAAGAUAGAAGAGGAAAAGGGCACAGAACCUGAGAACGUUCCACAUCCUAGAACGACAGAGAGAGUAAAAGGGUCUUCUUGCAGGUCAGAGACAAAACCAAAACGACAGGAUAUCCGGAGUGACCCUACGCCUCUAGAAACAGGGUCACACCCUAACUUGGGCGGAGUCAGGUGGUUCAGUACAUCAAGCCUGUUUCAGAAUCGUAGGAGAAGUACACAUACUGAGUACACACGAUGGACUAAAGGAUCUCUCUCGCUGGAUGCCAUUGAGUGUGACGGAUACUAUAGUGCUGAGGAGCAUGUGACCUCUGACCCCGACGAGGAGAAAGAAGAGAAAAAGUGUGAAGAUGAACCACUACCGGUGUGGACAGAAGAAGAAAUCCAGUGUUCUGAAGAAACAGAGAAUCUUGAGAAAUAAUUGUGCGUGUGUGUAUCCAUCAUAUACUGUACUCUAGGGAUAUCACAAUAUACUGAUAUUCACUUUAACCGUGAUAUUAAAAACCAUGAUUAUCAAAAUGGUGUUAAUACAUUUGUAAAUUAUUCAGCACCUAUUUAAAACUUUGCUUUAAAGUGAUAGUUCACCCAAAAAUGAAAAUUCUGUCAUCAUUUACUCACCUUCUUGUCAUUUCAAACCUGUAUGACUUUCUUUCUGCUGCAGAGCACAAAAAAAGAUAUUGUGAAGAAUGUUAACUGGCACACAUUUACUUGCAUUGGUUUUGUGUCCAUACAAUAGUGAAUGGGGGCCAGUUCUGUUCGGUGACCAACUUUCUUCAAACUAUUUUCUUUUAUGUUCUGUGGAAGAAAGAAAGUCCUAAAGGUUUGAAAUGAAAAGAGGCUGAGUAAAUGAUGACAGAAAUUUUAUUUUUGGAUGAACUAUCACUUUAAGAACCACAAUAGCUACAAACUCUGCCUCCCUACACGCAUAUUUUUAGUUUAUUGGCCAAAAAGGAUGAAUUUGACUGAUACAAUUAUUUUUAUUUAAAAAAUUCAGUGGAACCAUUAUUUUUAGAGUGUGGUCUUGAAGUGAACAGUGAAAUUCACAGAAAAACCUGAGCCAAUGCUUUCUCUCAUUAAGGCUGUGAUACAUGUUUCAUAUCCCUUCAAAGUAAUUUAGUAGUAUGUGCCACAUUGAUGUGUCCAUACUGGGAAAUGGAAUGUUUACUGUCAUGUCCUGUGAUGUAAAUGCAUGUAACAGUUGUUAUAUCAGGACCUACAUGUAACUAAGCAUAUCAUAUAUGCAUAUGUUGUUUCUCAAAGUGACUGUGAUCACCCUGUGUUAUUUCUAUGUACAUUUGUCUAAUAUUAAAAGCUUGUUUUAUAGAUGCAUAUAUAAAUAAAAAACA